UACUCCAAGUCGUAAAGAAUAAACCCCCGUUUGCCCAUAAAAACUGAAGAGAAGAAGUGGAAAGUUGCGAAAAGAGCGGGGAAAGCAAGGCCAAGGAAGUGAGAGAACGAGAACGAGUCAUUCGGAACUGCUCUUUCUAUAAACCACUCUCUCUCUCUCACACCAACCCUUUUCUUCGCUUCACAGAUCUAUCUACUGAACUCACUUUUCAGUUAAAGAUGGAAACGUUUCUCUUCACUUCUGAAUCUGUCAAUGAAGGUCACCCCGACAAGCUUUGCGAUCAGGUGUCGGAUGCUAUCCUUGAUGCUUGUUUAGAGCAGGAUCCUGAGAGCAAAGUUGCUUGUGAGACUUGUACCAAGACUAAUAUGGUUAUGGUGUUUGGUGAGAUCACAACCAAGGCUAAAAUAGACUAUGAGAAAAUAGUUCGCGAUACUUGCAGAGGUAUUGGGUUCACAUCAGCUGAGGUUGGCCUUGAUGCUGAAAAAUGCAAGGUCCUUGUCAAUAUUGAGCAACAGAGUCCUGACAUUGCCCAGGGAGUUCAUGGCCAUCUCAGUAAGAAACCUGAGGAAAUUGGAGCUGGUGAUCAAGGACACAUGUUUGGUUACGCCACUGAUGAAACACCUGAGCUCAUGCCACUAACUCAUGUCCUUGCUACCAAGCUUGGUGCCAAGCUCACUGAGGUCAGAAAGAACAAGACUUGCCCGUGGUUGCGGCCUGAUGGUAAGACCCAGGUGACUGUUGAGUAUCGCAACGAAGGUGGAGCCAUGGUUCCCGUUCGAGUUCAUACUGUUCUCAUUUCAACACAACAUGAAGAGACUGUGACCAAUGAGAAGAUUGCUCAAGACUUGAAAGAGCAUGUGAUUAAGCCUGUUAUCCCUGCUCAGUAUCUUGAUGACAAUACCAUCUUCCACCUCAAUCCUUCCGGUCGGUUUGUUAUUGGUGGACCACAUGGAGAUGCUGGACUCACUGGUCGGAAAAUCAUCAUUGAUACAUAUGGUGGGUGGGGUGCUCAUGGUGGAGGUGCCUUCUCUGGAAAAGAUCCCACCAAGGUGGAUAGGAGUGCUGCAUACAUUGUUAGGCAGGCAGCAAAGAGUGUGGUGGCUUCAGGGCUUGCACGUCGUUGUAUUGUGCAGGUAUCUUAUGCAAUUGGUGUGCCAGAACCACUUUCAGUGUUUGUUGACACUUACAAGACAGGAAAAAUUCCAGACAGUGACAUUCUGGCUUUGAUUAAGGAGAAUUUUGACUUCCGGCCUGGAAUGAUUGCUAUCAAUCUUGAUUUGAAGAGAGGAGGCAAUUUCAGGUACCAGAAAACUGCUGCCUAUGGUCACUUUGGUCGUGACGAUGCAGACUUCACCUGGGAGACUGUUAAGCCCCUUCAGCCGAAGGCCUAAGUGUGUGAUUUUUUAAUGGUAUCUUUCGGGAAAUGGUUGUUAUCGUAGCCAACAUUCUGCUUGUGGGGAAGAAAUAAAGAAAAGCUUAUUUUCACAACCAUUAUUCUGCAUGUGGGGGGAAUAAAGAAAGGCUUCAAUGCAUAUGUCUUCAAUGCAUAUGUCUGAACUUUAAUCGAAAUUUUUGGCUCAGAUCCGAGGUGGCACCGGGAUAUAUAUGCCUUAAAGUUGAGAUAUUAGCAAAUUUAGGGAACUUGUUAUAUUUGUCAUUUGUCUUCUUAAUCCAUUUUAUUUCUUGUAGCUAGUUACUGUUUCUGGAACCAUCCAGUUUGUUUACCGAGAAUAUUAUGUGAUUCAUUUGAUUUGAUCAAAUUCUGAAUUUA